CCGCUUCAAUGGACUUAACCAUGAGCCUCUAACCCGUGACGGUCAUGAGGGUUUUCCAGCCCUCUCUGCUCUCAGGCAAACUGGGGCCAGAUAUCUGGGAGCUCCUUGGAAGAAGAAAGCGUCCCAACUAGAGGAACUGCCAACUGUCCGCUCAGCUUAAUGCGGUGCAAUCGUACAGGCGGGAUGCCUCGUGGAGAAUUCAACAUUUAUUUCGCCAGCAGCAGGCGAGGAUACGUGAGAGCUGAAGAGGCAGUGGGCAUCGCUCUGCUCGUGGUCAUUCUGGCAGCUCUCCUCAUCCUUGGCUGUUGGUACUUCAAGAAACGAAGUGGCUACAAAAUAAUCAGGACUCCCGGAUCAGGUUCAACAGCUUAUACAGGAGGCCGGUUCUCUGAGGCAGGACCUUCAGCCGAAAACAAGAUGGCUCUCACUGACUUUGGAAGCUUCCGACCUGUGGUACCCAACGCUCCGCCGGCUUAUGAGAAGAUUUCCUCAGGGCCACUGCCUCCUCCCUACUCGCCCUAAAGCACGCCUACAGGAGGCAAACAGAAAAUACUGAAGAGAAAUUCUAAACUUUGCUGAGGAAAUAUAAUCCUUAAAUCUUCAUAGUAGAUAUAUGACUAGGUGAAAUGUUUGCAAUAUCACAUUGUAAAAAUAUUCACAUUUAUUAUCAGUGUAUUGUAUAUAUACUGUAGAGUGUUUAAAUAAGCAAUAAAAAUUAUUUCACAAUAGCCUGCUUUUAAAUAAAGGAGCUGAAACAUA